CAGCAACUCUAACGUAACGUCUACAAUCAGUAGUCACUAUCGUGAACGUUGUUGCCACAGACACAAGUCAUCUCUGGCGUCAUAUUAUGCGACAAGAGCAACCUGUUGUACAGACCACCGAAGCGACAAACACGAGCGACGGCUUCGAUAAGUCGCAAAUUGCAACAACACAGCAGAUGCUCGAUGGUGUCAGUGGGCUAAAGACCAUGCCUCCAACGCUGGCGACAUGCAACCAACUUGAGCCAAUUCCCUUCUCUUCCACCGAGAAUAUCAAGUCGUUCGACUCACCUACGUCGAGCUUCUCUCCGGCUGCGGCGCGAAUGGCGUCUUCGUCUUCAUCUUCUUCUUCAGAGGUGGGCCACAAUCACAAUGGGAAAAAUUCGACGACCUUUGGCUGGGACGUUACGACAAUGGACAGUGCAGACGGUGCACUUAUGCGAAAUACCUGGAUCGAAAGCGCUAUCGCUUCCUUCAACAACGGGAACCAUUAUCUGGCCACCGAGGACACGUCAGGCAAUGCCUGGCCGAAGGAACAGCGUGCAUUCAAUGCAAAUGGACCCUUCCAUGCCUACAGAGACAACAUCGUCCGUGAGAGAAAGGGAGCUGCAACGUAGCAACACAGACAAUGUCACUGGUGGAGGUAGCUCGGCACACAUGCCGUCUGCUCCCUCGUCCAAAGAACCCAUCUGGCAACGACGACUCAAUUCGCGAAGGAG